AUGAGUGAGAUCGCACACCAACGAGCCUCUCCGGCGCCGAUUCAAGGUGGCGCAGGUGGCCAGUAUGUCAAUGCGGACGAGCAGAAGAACCAAGGCAACAAGCCCGUCCAGAAGAACAGUCUCGACUAUAUAUUACGAAGCGGUCUAGCAGGAGGAGCCGCGGGCUGUGCGGCCAAAACCGUCGUCGCACCACUCGAUCGCGUGAAGAUCCUCUUCCAGGCCUCAAAUCCGCAAUUUGCAAAAUACACAGGUAGCUGGUCUGGACUUCUAGCUGCGAUUAACGACAUCAAGCGGUAUGAAGGCUCCAGGGGCCUGUACAAGGGCCACUCCGCCACUCUUCUCCGUAUCUUCCCAUAUGCUGCCAUCAAAUUCCUCGCCUACGAACAAAUCCGCGCCACCAUCAUCACGUCACCUGAACAAGAGACUGCAAUCCGUCGUUUAGUAUCCGGUAGUCUGGCUGGAAUCACCUCUGUUUUCUUCACAUACCCCCUCGAGCUGAUCCGUGUACGAUUGGCUUUUGAAACCAAACGCACAUCCCGGUCAUCCUUGACAGACAUCUGUAAACAAAUCUACAACGAACGCAUCACACCCCCAUCAUCUAGCGCUACAUCAACAGCAACGGCCACCGCCACAGGCACCCAACAAGCUUCCGCGAGCGUCAUCGCCGCCGAGAAUGUUUCGUCAACAAUAAACAAGGCCGUUCCUCGAUCCGGCCUCGCGAACUUUUACCGUGGCUUCGGCCCCACCAUCCUCGGCAUGCUCCCCUACGCGGGCGUGUCGUUCCUGACGCACGACACGGUGGGUGAUUGGCUUCGCUACCCCUCUGUCUCACAGUAUACCACGAUUCCAGACUCAGAGACCAAGCCGAAGAAGGGAUCUCGACAUCCCCAGCUCACCGCUGCAGCGGAGCUUUUCUCCGGCGCCGUCGCCGGCCUUGUCGCGCAAACAUUCUCAUACCCGCUUGAAGUUAUCCGGAGACGGAUGCAAGUUGGCGGCGCUGUUGGUGAUGGCCGCCGCAUGGGUAUCGCUGAGACUGGCCGGAAGGUCUGGCUUGAGCGGGGGUUCCGCGGGUUCUGGGUUGGUUUGACGAUUGGGUAUAUUAAGAUUGUACCGAUGAGUGCGACCGCCUUCUUCGUUUAUGAGCGCUUGAAGUGGCAACUGGGGAUUUAG